AUGGGACUACCAUGGUAUCGUGUACAUACAGUUGUGUUAAAUGAUCCUGGACGCUUAAUUUCUGUACAUUUAAUGCACACAGCCCUAGUAUCUGGUUGGGCAGGAUCAAUGGCUUUAUAUGAGUUAGCCGUUUUUGAUCCAUCUGAUCCUGUCUUAAAUCCAAUGUGGAGACAAGGCAUGUUUGUAAUGCCUUUUAUGUCAAGACUGGGCGUUACUGACUCAUGGGGUGGAUGGAGUAUUACCGGAGAAAGUGUUUCUAAUCCUGGCUUAUGGAGCUUUGAAGGUGUUGCAAUUACACAUAUUGUAUUAUCAGGUAUGCUGUUUUUAGCAUCAAUAUGGCACUGGGUUUAUUGGGAUUUGGAAUUAUUUAGAGACCCUAGAACAGGUGAACCUGCUCUAGACUUACCAAAAAUUUUUGGAAUACAUCUUUUGCUAUCUAGUUUACUCUGUUUUGGAUUUGGUGCAUUCCAUGCAACAGGUCUAUUUGGACCGGGUAUUUGGAUCUCUGAUGCCUACGGUGUAACUGGUAAAGUACAACCUGUUGCUCCUGCAUGGGGUCCUGAUGGAUUUAAUCCAUUUAAUCCAGGUGGUGUAGCUUCACAUCAUAUAGCAGCCGGUACAGUUGGCAUAUUAGCUGGAUUAUUUCAUUUAACUGUUAGACCACCACAAAGAUUAUAUAGAGCAUUAAGAAUGGGAAACAUAGAGACUGUACUAUCAAGCAGUAUUUCAGCUGUUUUUUUUAGUGCUUUUAUAACAUGUGGAACAAUGUGGUAUGGUUCUGCUACUACGCCUUUAGAGUUAUUUGGUCCAACAAGAUAUCAAUGGGAUAGUGGAUACUUUCAACAAGAAAUAGAACGUAGAAUAGAAAAUUCCUUAAAUGAAGGAUCAACCCCUGAAGAAGCAUGGUCAAAAAUACCUGACAAAUUAGCCUUUUACGAUUAUAUUGGAAAUAAUCCUGCAAAAGGUGGACUAUUUAGAGCUGGUCCCAUGGAUAAAGGUGAUGGUAUUGCUGAAGCAUGGUUAGGUCAUCCAAUUUUUCAAGAUAAAGAUGGUAGAGAAUUAACUGUUAGAAGAAUGCCUGCAUUUUUUGAAACUUUCCCAGUCAUCCUUAUAGAUAAAGAUGGAAUUAUUAGGGCUGAUAUACCAUUUAGAAGAGCAGAAUCAAAAUAUAGUAUCGAACAAGUUGGUGUAACAGUAAACUUCUAUGGAGGGAAAUUAAAUGGAAAAGUAUUCACAGAUGCACCAAGCGUAAAAAAAUAUGCGCGUAAAGCUCAGUUAGGAGAAGUUUUUGAAUUUGAUCGUACAACUCUAGAAUCUGAUGGUGUCUUUCGCAGUAGCCCAAGAGGCUGGUUUACAUUCGGGCAUGCUAAUUUUGCACUGAUAUUCUUCUUUGGACAUUUAUGGCAUGGAUCCAGAACUAUUUUCAGAGAUGUGUUUGCAGGUAUAGGAGCAGAAGUAACAGAACAAGUUGAAUUUGGUGCGUUCCAGAAGUUAGGAGAUAGAAGUAGUAAAAAACAAGGUGCUGUAUAA